CGCGGCGCUGCGCUCUCCGCUGCUGUACUAUGAAAUUUGAAGCUCGUGCACGAGCGCAGCGCACUUAAUGCCAAGAAACUCAAAGACGCAACAGAUUCACCAGCACAAGAGAGGAGCUAUGCAAUGAGACCGCUAUUCUAGCUCACACCUUUCAUUCACUGCCUUAGAUAUAGUUUGCAUGCGUUUAACACCCAAUUUAAGAAAUAAAAGUUGUUUAAAUUAAGUUUUUAGAUUAAUUUUAAGACAGAGUUUCCCUGAGAUUGACUCCAGCACUGAGGAUGCACAACAGAAUGACGGAACUUGCUCUGCGGAAAAUACGCGCUUUGGAUAUUUUCGUAGGUUUGUCCUUUGUUUCUUGGGCUUAUUCUUUCAACAUUGACUUGGAACAUCCCGUGGUGUUCCGAGGACCAGAGGCGACGUUUUUUGGAUAUUCAGUUCUGGAGCAUGUCCAUGACAACACACGCUGGAUUGUGGUUGGGGCUCCCAGAGCAAACUCAUCUUUCAGCAGUUCGGUUCAGUCACCCGGAGCCGUGUACAAGUGUCGGAUCCGCAAAAACCCAGAGCUGCGCUGUACUGAGAUGGACCUCGGAAGAGGAAAUAUGCAGAGAGAGUCUUGCGGGAAAACGUGUCAAGGUGACAGGAACAAUGAGUGGAUGGGGGUCAGUCUGGCACGACAGGACAAACCCAAUGGCAAAAUUCUGGCCUGUGCUCACCGCUGGAAGAAUGUAUACUAUGAAUCGGAGCAUAUACUCCCCCAUGGCUACUGCUCCAUCAUCCCAGCCACUCUGCAGGGCAAGUCACAGCCCCUUAUCCCAUGUUAUGAAGACUAUAAGAAGACCUAUGGUGAAGAACAUGGCUCGUGCCAAGCCGGGAUCGCAGGCGUUUUCACGGAGGAACUGGUUGUUAUGGGUGCACCCGGGUCUUAUUACUGGACCGGAACAGUUAAAGUGUUCAACAUGACAUCCAACACACUCUACAACCUGAAUCAAGAUGACCUGAGUCCUCCGAGAUACAGUUAUCUUGGAUAUGCAGUGACUGCUGGUCACUUUUCUUCCCUGACUACCUUAGACAUUGCGGCUGGUGCACCACAAGACAGUGGUGGUGGAAAAGUUUACAUCUUCAGAAUUGAGGGAACAUCUCUUGUGAAGACCUUUCAAGCCUCUGGGAAAAUGAUGGGCUCUUACUUUGGCUCCUCAUUGUGUGCAGUUGACCUAAACGCAGACGGACUGUCAGAUUUGCUGGUGGGAGCGCCCAUGCACAGCGAGGUCCGGGAUGAAGGCCAGGUUUCUGUUUACCUCAGCAGGGGCAAUGGAGUAAUGGAGGAAGUUAAGUUAUUGAACGGUAACAAUGCUUACAAUGCCCAUUUUGGCGAGUGCAUCACAUCUCUUGGGGACAUUGAUGACGACGGUUACCAAGAUGUGGCGAUUGGAGCCCCAAAAGAAGAUGAUUAUGGAGGAGCCAUCUACAUAUACCAUGGUGACAUCACAGGAAUAGUUAACAAGUACUCUAUGAGAGUGUCUGGGCGAAACAUCAACCCCACCCUCCGAAUGUUCAGCCAGUCAAUUUCCGGCAAUGUGGACAUGGAUGGGAAUGGAUAUCCAGAUGUAACGAUUGGGGCGUUCAUGGCUGACAGUGUGGUGUUACUGAGAUCCAGACCAGUUAUAUCAGUUGACGUCUCUAUCUUCCUGCCCGUCUCUAUCAACAUCACAGUACCGCAGUGUCACAAAGGUCCUCAGCAUCUCAACUGCUUCAACGUCACAGUCUGCAUGAGCUUUAGAGGGAAACGCGUACCUGGACACAUAGAAUUAUUGUACAAUAUUACAGCAGAUUCAGAUAAGAGACACAAAGGUCUUCCACCCCGGGUGUAUUUCGCAAAUGGUGGUGAGCAGACGGGUGUCAUGAGUCAGCAUUUCAACCUAGAAAUCAAUCAACAGCAGUGCCAUCAGUACACGUCCUUCGUAAGGAAAGAGGUGAAGGAUGUGUUUGCAGCCAUCACGUAUGAGGCAGAAUACAGUUUAGGAAAACACAUUCUGGAUGGACAUCAGGACAGCGAUCUUCCCUCUCUGACCCCUAUUCUGCGAUGGAAGAAAGGCAAAAAGAUUGCUGCGAGAAAUGAGACCUGGUUUGAGAAGAACUGUCUGUCAGAGGAUUGCGCCGCAGACCUGAGGCUUCAUGUGAAACUGCUUCUUUCUGGGCGUUAUAUCAGACCUCAUCUGGCACUUGGUGGAGUGAAAAACAUCUCAUUAAGUUUAACCAUCUCUAAUGUUGGAGACGACGCCUACGAUACCAACAUCUACUUAAACUUCUCCAGAGAGGUCCACUACAUCAACUUCUUACAAAAAGAAGAGAAGGGCAUUUCCUGUGUGCUGGUAGAGCUGGACUUCCUCAAGUGCAGCGUGGGAUUUCCUUUCAUGAGGGCACAAACCAAGUACCAUCUAUCAAUACUUUUUGAUACAAGUCAUCUAUCUGGUGAAAAUGAGACACUGCUGUUUUUAUUACACGCUAGAAGUGCUAAUCCAGAACAUGACAGCAAACUCCAUGACAACACUUUGGAAUUGUCCAUUCCGCUGGUGCAUGAGGUGGACACAACAAUCACGGGCGUGGUGAACCCGACUUCUUUUGUGUAUGGAAACUCAGUGGAUCUAUCAAGCUUCAUUCAGCUGGAAGAGCUGGACUGCAGCUUUCAGCCAUUAAACUUCACCUUUCAGGUGAUAAACAAUGGGCCCAGCAGACUUCCAGGCUCCACUGUAGACAUCAGGAUACCAAACCGACUGGCUGGUAACGGAGCCGACAUGUUCCAUAUCAUUGACACACAAGUAUCUGAAAGCCGAGGGAACUGCACUUGGCAUAAAAACCCCACACCCUGCACUAUCCCACAAGACAAAGAGAGCAUCUUCCACACCAUUUUUGCCUUCUUCACCAAAUCUGGCAGAAAAGUUCUGGACUGUGACCGGCCCGGACGAGCAUGUCUAACUAUUUCCUGCAGUCUGGGUUCUCAGGGAAAAGAAGAUGCUGCAAGUAUAGAAGUGCAGAUGCUACUGAAUACUGAAAUAUUACAGAGGGACAGCUCCUCUGUGUUCCAGUUUGUAACACGAGGUCACAUCCAGCUGGACGACAGAGCCAUGGAGGUUUCCAGCGGACUGCCACAGGAGAUUUCUCUGGUGUUUGAGGCCCUACACAGUCAGGAACCCAGGGGUUACGUGGUGGGAUGGAUCAUCGCCAUCAGCCUGCUCGUUGGAAUCCUCAUCUUCUUGCUGCUGGCUGUUCUGCUGUGGAAGAUGGGAUUCUUCAGAAGGCAUUACAGAGACAUCAUAGAGGCGGAAAAGAACAGGAAGGACAGCGAUGAGAGCUGGGAUUGGGUCCAGAAGAGCCAAUGAGAGGGGUCAGAAAUUGGGCUCAGAAAAUCCAAUAAGCUGCUACCUUUGCUACGGUUAUCUGCAUUGACACAGGCCCUGCAGCCUUCCAUAUGUGGAAGAGAAGAUUAUUCUCCAGAUUUUCCGGAGGUUUGACACUUUUUUUGUGAUGUUUGAGGUGACUGUGUGGCCUGCCAGUAAAGACUUGCAGUGGAAUUCCAUUGAGCCCAAUGGGAGAAGCCUCUCUCAGCGGGACCGAAGACGGAAAGAGAGAAAUAGAGAGACUUCCUUAAACGGAUGUGAAUGAUGUGUCAAUUCAAUCAGACAAUUAAAACCCUCAGGGCGCUGUUCAAAAGCAAAAAUCUAUUUUUUAUAAAAUGUAUUCCAUACUGUAUAGAAGAGAGCUUCAAGAGUUUUUUUUUUUUGUUUUAAAGCACUGAUGACUGACACACGCCAAAGAGAAGAUGCUAUUCCUUCAAUGUGUUCUGGUGCACAUCAGUAUUUAAAUAAGUGAAUGAUGUUGGCUUUUAGAUGGGAUGAUUUGAAGAUGGAUUAUACCUCUCUGUGCCCUCAAAUUCUCAUUUUAAUCUACAGAGAAUACAAACUAAUGCUUGUUGCUUACUUUCAGACAACUGUGAGUUACCGAACGAAAAAGGAACAAACUAGAGAACGUCAGAGAUGAACAGUUUUCCAAAACAUUUACCAAACAAACAAAUCUAUACAUCAUCAUAAUGGCUCAGUUGUUACCUGCAGCCCUGUUGAGCUUAUAAAUACAAAAAGAGAACCAUCUCAAAGGAAUAUUCUGAGUUUAAUCAAAGUUAAGGUCGACAGCAUUUGUGGCAUAAUGUAGAUUAUCACCUAAUGUAGAUGUCCCUCCUUUUCUUUAUAAAAAAGCAAAAAUGGAGGUUACAGUGAGGCACAUACAAUGGAAGUGAAUGGGACCAAUUUUUGGAGGGUUUAAAAAGGCAGAAAUGUGAAGCUGAUAAUUUUGUAAAAGCACUUACAUUAAAUCUACUGUUAAAACUUGACUUAUUUGAGCUGCAAAGUUGUUUAACCCUUGUGCAUCAAUUAAAAAAAGUUACACAUAGGUUCAUUGUGGACAAAAAUGGCCAUGUCCAAAAACUGUCAUAAAAAUAUUAUAAAUUUAUAUUUUUUUCUACUUUCACUGACUUAUAUUUUAACCAGAAUCAGUUCUAAUCAUAAUGACCAAACAUUCAUUUAUUUUCAGAAUUUUAACACUUUAAACACCGGUUUGUUUACAUAAUGCCACUGUUGUUUUUUAUAAAAAAUAUAAUAAUUAUAAUUAUUUUCAAUUUAAUAAAUGCUAAACAGAAUUUUUUUUAUUUUUAUUAUUAGAGCCUCAGACACAUACAACCCACACUCUGAAAUCCAUACCAACACACUCACACAAUUAUAUAUUCAUAAUGUAUCUAAUUGGCUCUAUAAUAUGCAUAAGCCAAAAACAGCAGAAAACAACAACAAAAGCGAUGAUAUGCCAAACCUGAAAAAAUGGCACGAUCUGGUAAAAAAUAUUUAAAAUGUAAAUUUUGAAGCCUUGCCAACAUAAUGAAAGCAUGUUACACAAGAUUGCAUAAUUUUAUAGUUAAAUGGCACUGGGAUUAAAAAUCGCAGUUUUAAUGGGUUUCAAUGUGCCAUUUUUGUCCAAAACGACGCUAAGAGGGAGUAUUUUGUGUAACUAGUGCAAAAAAUAUUUAUAUAUUCCAUAUAUAGUGGAAUAUUAAAAUUCCAAUAGAAAUUCACACCUGUGGAAAAUGUUAUGCAGUUAGCAUUAACACAGACAAAGUUAUCAAAAAAACAAAACUGAAAAAGCCAAAAAUGUCCACAAGGAUGCACAAGGGUUAAAUUGUUGUUUUUGCACCAUCAUGGCAACAAAGUUGUAAAACUGGAUAUGACUUUACACAGAAAAGGUUGGUUAGUAAUUUUAUCACACUAAAAGCAUGUCAACACAUAUUGUUUAUGUUUUGUGACUUUUGUUUACUUUUGAAACAGUGAGCAUUUUAACAAUUUACAGAUUGGCCCCCAUUCACUUCCAUUGUAAGUGCCUCACUGUCAACAUGAUUUAUGCUUUUUUAAAAGUUGAAACAAUUUGAAGUUAAUUUUGUGGUAAUCAACAUUAUGCCAUAAAUGUUAUCGAUUGAGCUCAACGUGUAUAGAACCCGAAAUAUUCCUUUAAGUCACAUUUAAAAAUGUAUGCAUGUUUUUGCAUUAGAUAUCAUAUCAAACUGAGUGGAAUUCAUUUUAAAGUAGGAUAGCACUAUUUAACUGCACUGGAUAAUGAGCCCUCUACCAGGUUUUGAUAUUGAAUAUAUUAAUUCAUAUUAGAGUUAUUCAACAAACACAUUCCAUUAAUUGUAUUUAAAUCACGAUUUACAAUUUCACUGUAACAAUUUUGUUUCUUUUCAGUAUUCCAUAAAUCAGGAAUGUUGGACAUUUUAAGCAACUACUAUGAGAGGCCGUGCUAUAUUGUGAAAAUUGUCAGAACGUUACUAUGCAACAAAAUAACGAUCCACUACGGGUGCUGCGCAGUGAUAUGGCGAAUAGCUGUUUCUAUAUUGUAUUUUAGCAUAGCUGGAACGUUAUAUUGACCAAUCAGCAUUCAAGACCGGAACUGUUUGUUUUAAAAAAGGGAUUUACUGAAUCUUCUGUAUGUUGCACCAAACGUGCCCUCCAGCUUUUAAACAAAUCCCAUGAUGAGUUACAACUGAACAGACCCGAUUUACGCAAUAUUUAACAGUAUGUAAUGGCCUAAAAAUAGGUGGGAAUGUCCAGUACAUCAUCACUGGGCACAGUCUCGCACUUUUGGGCUUAUGGGAAAAGCUUGUUUUAAGUCAACAUUUUGGAGCUCACUCAGAUCCCCUAACAUGAGCUGUUCGCUGUCAGACUUAUAUUCAUUCAGCAUUUAAGCUCUCACACUGAACUUAUCAUAUACAUCCAUACACAAAGCACAGAGCCAAAGACUUUGCUAGGUUUAUAUAUAGAGAAUUAUCUCAUCUAUUAAACUACACAGAUUUUCUUUUUUGGUACAUUUUCUUUUCAUUUCAGAGGGUUUCUUUGAAACACACCAUUUCUUUGAGGUCUACCUAAAGAUAAAUAAUUUAGUGUUUUGGAUGCUCUGAUGAUCUCUGGAAGAUUUGCCAUAAUAUACUUUGCAUUAUUUGACCCAUAAUCAUCACCACUCCCAUGGCAAAUACCUGUUCACAUAUCAUGUCAACCCUGUCACCAGUUUCUCGCAUAAUUGUGUUUCAGAGUGACACAUACUUGACAUUGGAAGCGUAAGAUAACUGUGAGCGUUGAAGCAGUCGAUGUUACAUUACCACCAUUUUUUUUUUACAUUUUAGAAUAAACUACUGUCACUGAGUUUCAGUUUAUAGAUGCAUUGAGAAAUAUGUUUGUUGUACAAGCUUGAGCUGUAUAUUUAUCUACUGAAUCUGCCAUUUUAAAAUUAAAAAUCACA